UAUCAGACUCUCCCCCGCUUUUCCUUGCCUCUCUCACCGAACGCUCGCGCCUGCGAGCCCUCGGCGAAGAUCUCGAAACUCCCUCUCCCCAUUUCCCCCUACUCUAUCUUUUCGUAGGGUUUCUCCAAUCGCCUCCGCCCCCGAGUCGUUACGGAUUCCAGGGUUUCGUCUCACUCUCGAGGCUUCUUGGAUCGUCACCAUUGUCUCUGACGAGCGGACGCCUCUCUGUUCCCCCGAUCUGCGUCUUUCCCCUCCAAGAACCCUUAACGCUUCGAUCGCGGUUGCUUUCCAUUCGGCUGCUCCUCAUGGGCCGGAAGAAGAAGAACAAGCGUCCUCUGGCGUCCAGAAAUGAGUCCUUUCUUUCCCGUUGUUGCUCGAGCUUGCCCUAAUCCUUUGAUCUGUAGUAUAGGAGUAGGAUUUGAUUUGAUCUGCAGUAUAGGUGUAGGAUUUGAUUUCUAUUGGUAGGAAUAGGAUGGAGUCUUUGAGGAGGAAGAGAAAGGGAGCGAAAUCUUCUUCGCUUGUGGGAUCAUACCUGUCUGAUGGCGUGGAUCACGCGAGGCAGAUCAAGAAGUGCUGCAGGGCCCAGCAGCAUGCGUUCCCUCGCGAAAAGGUAGGAUCUUGCAGUGGUGACGCGACCGCCGGAGCCGUGAUGACUGCCCCGCCCUCGGGAAGACCGUUGGCCAGUUCCCCCGGACGGGGCCUGAAGAGGAAAUUGGGUUGCAUAGAUCCGGUGACCAGUAUUGGCCGGAAGAAGAAGCUGGAGUACGAGUACACUCUUGGCCGGGAUAUCGGCCAAGGGAGGUUUGGGGCUGUUAGGCUGUGCAGGAGCAGGGCAAGCGGUGAGGAGUUUGCAUGCAAGACGCUGCCCAAAAAUGGGGAAGAGACUGUUCACCGGGAGGUGGAGAUUAUGCAGCACCUCUCUGGCCACCCUGGUAUUGUUACUCUCAAGGCGGUGUUUGAGGAUUCUGAAUCUUUUCAUCUCGUGAUGGAGCUGUGCUCUGGGGGGCGGCUGAUUGACGAGAUGGUGAGGGAAGGAAGGUACUCAGAGCAGCGGGCUGCAAUCCUUAUAAAGGAGCUGGUUUCGGUCAUUAAGUACUGUCAUGAAAUGGGUGUGGUCCAUCGGGACAUUAAGCCAGAAAACAUUUUGCUCACGACAUCAGGGAAGAUGAAGCUUGCAGACUUUGGAUUGGCAGUCCGGAUUGCUGGUGGUCAGAAACUGUCUGGUAUUGCGGGGAGCCCGGCGUAUGUUGCACCUGAAGUUCUUUUAGGACUUUAUUCUGAGAAAGUGGAUAUCUGGGCUGCUGGGGUGCUGCUCCAUGCACUGUUAGUUGGUACUCUUCCAUUUCGAGGUGAAUCAUUGGAAGCUAUUUUUGAGGCAAUUAAAAAGGUUGAGCUUGAUUUCCAAAGUGGGAUAUGGGAGUCAGUGUCCAAACUUGCACGGGAUCUGCUUUAUCGGAUGCUGACCCGGGAUGUCUCCACAAGAUUGGCCGCUGAUGAAGUCUUAAGACACCCAUGGAUUCUAUUCUAUACAGAGUGCCAAUCGAAGGCAUUGCCAAUAAAAUCAAGAGUCAGAAACAAUGGUAUGAAACCCAGAACUGAGGUGCAAAGAAUUGGAGUAGUGAGCAACUCUGCAUCUGUGGAGGGAUUGGGUUGCAAGUCAGAGGAACAGGAUGCCUGUGGUUUUGUUGAUGUUCUUGCAGUGGCAAUAUCACGUGUGAGGAUAUCUGAGCCGAAGCGGAGUAGGAUUUGUGACCCUGGGAGCCCAAUCCAGCAGCAGUGCUCUUCUAACAUGAAGUCUAACCUAUGUACAGCUUUCUGACUCUGGUAUAUAGCAGUCGCUGAGUCUAUGACAACACAUUUGCAAGCUAAACUAAUUGGGAGGUAAUAGCUAUGACACGGUGGCCAGUUGGAGGCUUAAAAUUAUUGACGUGUUAUGCUCGGUUAUAUUUUCCUCUUGACAAGGCCCCUGAGAUACUUGUUCCGGUUUAAUUCAGCCGUAUUUCCAUAAACCUAACUCGGUAGGUGGGCAAACUUCAAUGUAAAUUUAGUGUAAAUAAGACUAGAUGCUCUCUGUCCAUAUUGAUAUUUUUAUCUCACUGGUUGCCACUGCCGUUCAUGCAACUUGUUUUUUUGUACCUUGAAGUUGCCUAAAAAUUCACGGAUUAUGUGACAACUGUUUGUAGAAUAUGACCAUGUUUCAUUCUACUAAAUGCUGAUGUGACCCAUCAAUUGUAGACAUGUAGUUUUAUUCAAA